AAAUGUAGGGACUUUGAUCACCAAGCUGACAUGUCCCUGUUUUGUAUCAUGUGAAUUAGGUUCAGUCCUCCUUUGCUAAACUUGCUAAAUGCCAUUUGUGGGACAUGGAGCAAGACAGGGACCUAAAUCCAGAUACAGACGACCUUCCACUUUGCGCCAAUACCAACCACAUACUAGUCAGGCACUAUGUACUAGACCUGACUGUUCAUUUUGACAGGAAAGUCAUCAGUGGUAGUGUCGUUCUGUUCCUGCAGCCUUGCUCUGGAACCAUCUCUGCUGCUCUGCCGGGCAUUGGGAAACAGGCGCAAACAGAAGCUGAGAAUAUUCAGUCCUCACAUUGGUGUGGAAACACUAGUGACAGUGAUUUCACCUUAGUGCUGGACUGCUGUGACCUGGCUGUGUCAAAGGUCGAAGAAGUGGAUGUCACCUCUGUGUCAGCCAUGUCUAGCUACCUAGCAGAGAUCUCAUCUGAGAGGACAGGGGACUCCUCAGUGAGCCCACAAGCAGCCCUUACUCAGAAAGUUAUUUCCAUGCCCUCUAGCCAAUGGAGGCAGCAGCACCAGCUCUUUUCACAGUGUAGCCGUGCCCCUGGUGUCCAGGAUGGCAGCUCACUUGAUUUUUAUACAGACCGCUGGAGUCUGCAGGUGAGGAAAAGAGGAAUCUCAUCCCCUCAGGAGUUUCCUCGAGUUCUCAGGAUCUGCUAUGAGACGAGGCCAACCGGAGGCUCUGUGAGAUGGACCAAAGACCAGGACAACAGGGUGUGUGUUUACACUGCCGGCUCUCCCAUCAACAACCGAGCCCUCCUUCCCUGCCAGGAGCCGCCUGUUGCCAUGUCAACAUGGCAAGCAACAGUUCGAGCCCCCAGCGAGUGUGUGGUUUUGAUGAGUGGAGAGGAGCAGGCUGUACCAAUUGGGGAUGGGGACACAUGUUUCCUAAUCUGGAAUUAUUACGUCACUAUGCCCAUGCCUGCAUCCACCUUCACCUUGGCAGUGGGCCACUGGCUCCAAGUCUCAGCAGAAAUUCCCCCAGCACUGGAAAAAGAGCUGGCAGGUCUGCCAUAUGCCAUAUGUGGUUCACUACCUCUAACCACCCGCUCAGACUCUACACUCUGUUACUCUUCCCUUGAGGAUGAGAGGCUCCCUGUAACUGAUUAUUCAGGCAUGGUGGAUGACGGCAUCUCUUGUUCCCAUGGUGACUACCCUUGCCGAUUUACUGAGCAGUCGGCGAGGUCCCAGCGGGUGAUUCCACAUCGUGUAUUUGCCCCCGUCUCCCUGCUGCAGAAAGCCCAGACUGGAGUCCUUCCACUAUUGCCACGAUGUUUGGCAGCAGCCAACGCUGUUCUGGGAGUCCAUCCCUUUCCCCGCCUUGAUGUUCUCAUUGUCCCAGCAGGGUUCUCCAGUCUAGGCAUGGCCAGCCCCCAUAUAAUUUUCCUGUCCCAGAGCGUUCUGUAUGCUGGGAAUCCUGGUUCUGGAGAGGGUACCCUGUCUCUGUGUGGGUCCAGGCUGUGCCAUGAGAUUGCCCACUCCUGGUUUGGUCUGGUCAUCGGAGCCAGAGACUGGACUGAGGAAUGGAUCAGUGAGGGCUUUGCCACCUACUUGGAGGACAUUAUCUGGGCCCAAGCACAGCAACUCUCUUUACAAGAAACAGCAGAACAGUCUGACCUGAAAGCACUGCUGAGGUGGAGAAGACUCUGUGAUGAGUUGCAGAAUUCAGAAGAGGAACUUCAAAUCCUCAGACCCAACAUGGAAAACACUGGUCAGGUCAGCGAGUCAGGCUCCUCCACGGUUAAACAUGCCCUCAACCCUGACAAAUCUUUUAUGCAAGUCCACUACCUCAAGGGCUACUUCCUUCUCAGGUUCUUGGCCAGUCAAGUGGGAGAGCAACAAUUCAGGGACUUCUUCAGGUUAUUUGUGAAGAAAUACCACGGACAACUCAUUUUGUCUCAGGACUUCCUGCAAAUGCUGCUGAUUACCUUUCCCGACAUGGCGAGAAAAGGCCUCACGCUCAGUGCUAUUUAUGCUGACUGGCUUGAUCGACCGGGAAUUCCAAAGUGGCUGUAUGAAAGGAGCGCCGUGUGGUCACAGGCAAGGCUGGUGGAAGAAGUCAAAGCAGAGGUUGUAAAAUGGAUUCUCCUCAGUCAGAGUCAGGGGAAGGGCAGAAAGCGGAAGAGAAUGGAGCCCAAGGUGAACUACAAAGAGGUGACAUCAGACCAACUCGUGAUGCUUUUGGAGCUUCUUUUAGAGGAAGCGGACCUAAGCGUGGCAACAAUACGCACCUUGCAGCGAACCUACAACCUACAGAAUCAAGACGCUGAGGUCCGACAUCGCUGGUGUGAGCUGGUGGUCAAACAUGGAUACACUCAGGCUUAUGAAGAUGUGAAACACUUCCUGGUUCAUGACCAAGCCAUGGGUGUGUAUCUGUACGGGGAACUGAUGGUUCAGGAGGAUCCUAAGCAGCAGGCUCUGGCCCGUUCCUGCCUCUCAUUGGUCAGUGAAGAAAUGGACCAAGCUGCACGCAAAGUGGUGGAGGAAAUGGUCCUAUGACAUUGGAGGUUGCUAACUACAGAAGGAGAUAACAGGAGUUUGACACAUGGAGCAUACGAAGGUCCGGCACUCACCUCCUCUUCCUCGGUAGGAGAAGGGACGCUCAGCAGUGUGAACACCAGAAGGCUGCGCCCUUAUUCUACAGCCCAGGCCAACUGGCUAGGUUUACAGCACAGCAGUUCUGCUCAUUGAAGUAAAGAAAUUGCUGGUGUAUGUGAAGCACUAAUAAUACAAGCUGUUCCUGGGAAAAUACAAUGUUGACUAAAUGACUGCUCUGAUCAGACAUUAAACAAAUGCUACACUGUUUCACUUGUUUAAAUAUGAAUGAUAGGCAAUGGGAAACAUGUCAUGGAUAAAGACACCUUUAUUCAUGUUUAAAAACCUGUACUUCUCUGUUUAAGUUAGUUUCUGUGUAUGUAUGAAUGUGUGUGAGCUGCACACGUCUGCGUAUGAGUUCAUGUCUGUUUAGUCUGAAGCCAUGAUUCGGUUCUAAAGAGUUUAGACUGGAAAUACUUUUAGGUUUGUCAUGUUUUUACACAUAACAGAUUACUUCACUCCUGCCUGUAACGACACUGGAAAAUAAACAACCGACAACUCUCAGGGUAUUUCUAUACUUGAUGGUCACGUAACCACCGUGCCAAUAAUAAUGGCAAUUUCUGUUUUUUCUCAGAGACGUUUUCAAUUCAACUUUUCAAUGUGGUUUCAUUCAAAUAAAAAAUAUGUUU